AGGUAUGUUCCAUCUUUUAUACCACCGCCUAUGGCAACCAAGGGAAGAGAUUAUGAGAAGAAGAAUUUGCAGAAGGAAGAGGAAAAGCCGAAGGAUAAGGAGAAAGGGAAGUCGCGAAACAUUGACCAUUUUAUGGAAGAGUUGAAGCAUGAGCAAGAGAUGAGGGAAAGGCGAAACCAAGAGAGAGAGCACUGGCGAGAUGGGCGUCAUAGUGAGAAUUCUGCUCCGCCUAGCCGAUUCGAUGAGCUGCCUGAUGAUUUUGAUCCUAGUGGAAAGCCUGGGUCAUUUGAUGAUGGAGAUCCGCAAACGACAAACCUUUACGUAGGCAAUCUUUCCCCUCAGGUGGAUGAGAAUUUUCUUUUACGUACUUUUGGAAGAUUUGGACCUAUUGCUAGUGUGAAAAUAAUGUGGCCAAGAACAGAAGAGGAACGUAGGCGGCAGAGAAAUUGUGGCUUUGUAGCUUUCAUGAAUAGAGCCGAUGGACAGGCUGCAAAGGAUGAGAUGCAAGGGGUGGUUGUUUAUGAAUAUGAGUUAAAGAUUGGCUGGGGUAAAACUGUUGCUCUUCCAUCACAAGCACUACCUGCUCCACCACCAGGGCAUAUGGCCAUCAGGAGUAAGGAGGGUGCCACGGUUAUCUUGUCUGGUCCAUCAGGCCCUCCGGUUACUUCUGUCCCGAGCCAGAACUCUGAGUUGGUCCUUACUCCAAAUGUGCCUGAUAUUUUGGUUCUUCCACCUGAGGAUGCUCAUCUUCGCCAUGUGAUUGAUACAAUGGCACUCUACAUUCUUGAUGGAGGUUGUGCUUUUGAGCAAGCUAUAAUGGAGCGAGGCCGCGGGAAUCCUCUUUUUAGUUUCUUGUUUGAGCUUGGCUCAAAGGAGCAUACUUAUUAUGUUUGGAGGCUGUAUUCCUUUGCACAGGGUGAUACUCUUCAACGGUGGCGAACAGAGCCUUUCAUCAUGAUAACUGGUAGUGGAAGAUGGAUGCCACCCUCUCUGCCAACUGCUAAAAGCCCAGAGCAUGAAAAGGAGUCUGGGGCCACAUAUGCUGCUGGAAGAAGCAGGCGUGUGGAGCUGGAACGAACACUAACUGAUGUACAGAGAGACGAAUUUGAGGAUAUGCUGCGUGCAUUGACACUAGAGAGAAGUCAGAUAAAGGAAGCCAUGGGUUUUGGAUUAGAUAAUGCUGAUGCUGCUGGAGAGAUAGUUGAAGUUUUAACCGAGUCUUUGACACUCAAAGAAACUCCUAUACCGACCAAAGUUGCAAGGCUCAUGCUUGUCUCUGACAUUCUUCACAAUAGUAGUGCUCCUGUAAAGAAUGCAUCUGCAUAUAGAACCAAAUUUGAAGCGACUCUACCGGACAUAAUGGAAAGCUUUAAUGACUUGUAUCGUAGUAUUACAGGAAGAAUCACUGCUGAGGCCCUUAAGGAACGAGUUUUAAAAGUCCUGCAAGUAUGGGCUGACUGGUUUUUGUUUUCGGACGCAUAUGUGAAUGGAUUACGAGCUACUUUUCUUCGAUCUGGGAACUCUGGUGUGAUCCCUUUUCAUUCUAUAUGUGGUGAUGCACCAGAGGUAGAAAAGAAGACCAGUUCUGGAGAUGCAGGCGAUGGGGGUAAGAUUAACCAAGAUGCUGCACUGGCUAUGGGCAAAGGGGCCGCCAUGCAGGAGCUUUUAAAUCUUCCCCUUGCUGAACUUGAAAGACGAUGCAGACAUAAUGGACUAUCGCUUGUUGGUGGUAGAGAAAUGAUGGUUGCACGAUUGCUUGAUCUGGAAGAGGCAGAGAAACAGAGGGGCUAUGACUUAGAUGACGACUUGAAAUAUGCCCAGAGCCGUUCAAGUUCUGGUAGGUACCAAAGUGGGCAGAAAGAAACAAAUCUGGAAGCAGAGCCUGUGGGAUUAUCAGGAUGGAAUCGUUAUGGGGAGGAUGAGACACAGCUCCAAGGCAAGGGGUCUGUAGCUUUGGCCUCAACCGUUCCCCUACCACUGCCUGAACUAAAAGCCUUCACAAAUAAAGGGCAAAAUGACCCUGUUUUGCCAUCCUCUAAAUGGGCCAGAGAAGACGAUGAAAGUGAUGAUGAUGAACAAAAGAGAAGUGCAAGGGAUCUAGGGUUAAGUUACUCAUCUUCUGGGAGUGAGAAUGCUGGUGAUGGUCUUGAUAAGAUGCAGGAUAUGGAGCUUGCUACUGAUGCAAGCAUUCCAGCACAUCUGGAUACUGGAAUGAAUGAAGAGCAGAGACAAAAGUUGAGGCGACUUGAGGUUGAACUUAUAGAAUAUCGUGAAUCUCUAGAGGAGCGUGGUGUCAAAAGUUUGGAGGAAAUUGAGAGGAAAGUUGCAAUCCAUCGGAAGCGUCUAGAGUCUGAAUAUGGCCUAUUGGACUCUAACGAAGAUGUUUCAGCCAACAAGAGAUCAUCUUUAGAGAGGAGGGACAAAAGAGAGGAUUCUCGUGAGUCUUCAAGGAAGCGUCACCGCAGUCAGAGCAGGAGUGAAAGCCCCCAACGCAAAUCAUCUCUGAGAGCAAAGGAGAGGGAGAUGGAUGCAGACAAGGAUCGAGAAAGGCAUCGUGAUAGAGACAGAAAUAGAGAGCGAGCUCAUGAUCCAGAAAGCGACAGGGGAAGAGACCGGGAGCGUGAAAAGAGUGGAAGCAGGGAAAGAGACGACCAUGAUAGGGACAAAGGCAGAGAGAGAGACAAGGAUAGGAGGAGAAGGGUGAAGUGAGUCCCUCGAUGGUCCACACCAAAGCACGACGAAGGUGAAACGAGAUGGGAAUCUAUUUACUGGUAGUCGAAAUAUUUCUUGUAUUGGAUCAUGUCCUCCUUUCAAGUCAAAACGUCGGUUUUGUGAAUACCAGUUUCUAUUUUUUUGAUGUGUUUUAAAGUCAACCCACUAGAAAAUACUUGUAUCAAAGGUUACUAAGAGGAGCUGUGUUCCGUCCGAGUUGGUUAGAGACCCUUGUGGAGCACUUAAAUGUGACAGGUUCCAUCCCCUCCCCCUGCCCCCUGCCCCAUAGUGGAGUGUUGUGCUGUUGCUAUAAAAAAGAAAGAAAGGGUUAAUAAGCUUUUUAAAAACCUUUUGAGGUCUAAGAUUAACAGGAA